AUGCUAGAGGACACAUCUUGGAUUCAAAUAACUUGCUCAACUAUACUAUGCUUCGUAUUUUACCAGGUUCUUUGUGUUGUACUACCACCCCCAAAUUUUCCUAAGAAUAUUCCUACCAUUCCAUUUUAUGUUUCAUUCCUAAGUUCUUAUACAAGUCUUGACCAAGGUGAGAUUUACGAACAAUAUUUGAAAAGCAAGUUAGAGAAGCAUGGUGCUGUAAAAAUAUAUUUUGCUUCUAGAUGGAACAUUUUAGUCACUAGACCAGAGUACUUGUUAGAAGUUUUCAAACACGAGGAUAUUUAUGCUAAAAGUGGAAACCAAAAAAAGAUCCCCAACUCAGUAUUAGCUCUGUACACGGGAGACAACAUUAUCAGUGCUCACGGUGAAGUAUGGAAGACUUACAGAGAAAUUCUUAGUCCCAAUAUUCAGUUUCCUGAAUUAAAGUAUAUGCAAGAAAAUACUGAAAAGUUCAUUCAAAUUUUACACAAUAAAGUGGCAACAGAAGGAAGUUCAUUAUCAAUAACCAGUUUGUUGCAAAACUAUGCCUUGCAAAAUAUUGGUCAAUCAGUAUUAGGUGUUGACUUUGGUACUUUGGAAAAUCAGCUGUCUCAUUUGCAUAAAAAUAUAAUUUAUGUAAAGCUGCAAAUCUUUAGACCCUUUUUCUUAAAUUUCCCAACUUUUGAUAGUCUACCAAUUCCCAGUAGACAAAAAGCUAAGAAGGAGGUUAUUAAGUUUAAGAAGUACUUUGCUAAUCUCUUGGAGGACAAUAGGGAUAGAAACUCUAAAAAUGCUACCAAUAGCCUCUUGAAUGCACUAAAUACGGGCAGGAUCAAUAAGCAGCAAUUUAUGGACAAUGCAAUUAUUACUAUGAUUGCAGGACACGAGAAUCCGUUGUUGUUAAUGUUGUCUUUGUUCUAUGUUCUUUCCAAACAUCCCGACUUGCAGGACAGGAUUCGAGAUGAAUUGCAAAGGGUAGAUGAUGCGGGCAGUAGUCCAUUACUUUUAGCCACCAUCUAUGAAACUUUGAGGUUAUUUCCUCCCCUUGGGCAAAUCAUUAAUCGAAGGACGACACAGCCAGUGAUACUUGGGAAAGAUAUAAAAAUACCCAAGGGGGUGUAUGUUGGCUAUAACAACUUUGGAACUGGAAGAGACUCUAGUUCAUGGGGUAAAGAUGCGUCCCAAUUUGUGCCCGGAAGGUGGGGGAAUAGUAUUGACGAAAUUAAUCAUAAUUUCUUGCAAGCAAAGAGGGAAGCUACGCUUCCAGCUUUUCACGGGAGAAAGAGGGCAUGUUUGGGUGAGAAAUUUGCUCUUAUCGAAGUCAAAUGCCUAAUAGCCGAAACGGUCUUGAAUUUUAGAAUAUUAAAAGAUCCGGAAUGGAAAGAAAGGUUGACUCCUGCGGGACCCGUUUGUCCAAUGAUGUUGAAGGUCAAUUUUGAGCCAUUGAACUCUAUAUAG